GUACACUUACUUGUCUAGUGUUCUCAAGAUAGUCUAAGACACAAUGUUUCCAUCGGCAAUUUAUGCGUUUGUUCUUUUGUUUCAAAUAUGCAGUUUCAAAAUUGUUUUGGCAACAGAACCAGUGUGUUCAAAAUUUUCUUACGAGGAACAGCUUUUGGAAAAGAUGAUUCGCACAGAAAUAAAGGUGGAGUCUAUAGAAAAUGAAAUUAAGAAAACUCAGGACACGGUCUUGAAUACAUUAAAAGAAGUAAAAAAGACAGUAGCCGAUAUAACUCACACAUUUGAAGAAAUGAGGAAUAACAUCACUGAGGGGAUGGAAAGAAUGUCUAAGGACAUAGAACAGGAAGUGGAAAAUAUGAAGAAGCCGCCCGUCGCAUUCUAUGCGGACCACGUGACAGAUACGUCCCUUGACACCACUGGCAAGAUCAUUGUAUUUGAUAACACCAUCACAAACGAAGGGUCAGGAUACUCUACUUCCACUGGGAUCUUCACGGCACCUGUCGGGGGAUUGUACCAGUUCACUGUUCAUGUCUGUGCAUAUUACAGACAACAUUCUUUCAUUGGCUUGGUAGUGGCAGGUAACGUGAUUGCGAAAGAUUCAAACUAUGACGAAAAUUAUUACACAUGCAGUUCGCUUGGAGCAAUAGUGCGAGUGAAGUCAGGAGAACAGGUCUGGGUAAAAUGUACAUCUGGAGCAUCUUCUCGCAAAUUAUUUGAAGACAGUUUAAUGUUGAACACCUUUAGUGGGGUGCUUAUAUAUCACUAGAUUAUACGAAUAUUAACAUUUAUGUUAAUUAUAUAGUUACCUGAAAUUAUAACACAAAAAAUGAACGAAAUUUGGCGUUAGAUAUAUUCUCUUAUAUUUCCGAUUUAGGCAUAGGAUUUAUCAUGAGAAUGUUUUUCUCUAAACCCUUUUCGGAACACUAGAAAGGGACUUUUUCAAAAAAAUGGUUAAUGGUUUUCUGUCAAGGUAAUUGAAUUGUUCAAAAGCUCGGCAGUGUCCGCACAGUUCAUACAUCACACUUCACAAUACAUACUCCACAGUUCAUACAUCAUAGGUCAAACUUCAAAGUUCACAUUUCAUUCUUCACACUUCAUAUGUUACACUUCAUACUUCAUAAUUCAUCGUUCACAUUUCAUGGUUCACAUAUCAUACGUACUUCACAGUACACGCUUUAUACUUCACUGUUACCAUUAUUCUGUUCCGUAUAUAGCAGUUUUGAAGCCCUUUUAAGCUGUGCAGAGAAACGACUAGGGAAACAUUUCACUGAUUUUGAUUAUACAAACUACUAUAUCAUAUAUAUUAGAUGAAUAUGUAAUUAUGUUUUAAAAAAAUUCACGCGUAAAAAUAGCUGCAGAUUCAAGCCCCUAGCUGAAGUUUUAACCCUUACCCUACUAAAUUUCUACAAUGUACUGAUCCAUCAUUCAAUUUUGGCCAUACCAUUUAUUAAUCGAAGAGGUGUUCAUUGAAAAUUUACUGACUGAAUAGCGAACAGUGCAGACCAUGAUCAGACUCCACGGAUGUGCAGGCUGAUCUUGAUCUGCACUGGUCGCAAAGGCAGAAUAACUUGUCGCCAGCAGGCUAAAGGUUAAAUAUUCUCUCACGAGGGGAGCUUCUAGUUCGUUCUCAAUUGUCAAGUUUAACCCGCAAGUCAAGAAGAGGUUAUUCUGAAGAAUUAAUUAUUAUGUCUAGUCAAUCAACCUCAAACUAACGUGCGGGAGGUUUCAUUUAAUUACAGAGAACUAAAGGCAAAAUGUUUGUAGCAUAAAUGUUUUGGUAAGACACUAAGAGUUUGGCAAUGGAAUGUUAACUCCGGAAUUUUAGAAAAUAACUUGAAUUAGUUCCAAUAUAAUGUAUUUUGUGUGCGACGUUUAACCUUGUUCCUGUAAAACUUUCUAGUAAUAUAUCUUCCAGGUGCACUGGGUACUUACACAACAAGUUCUUUGGAAUUGCAGAAAAUUAUGUAAAGAACCCGUUUGCAACUUCGACUUCUUUUUGCAAAAACUAGUCAUUAUUGCCCUUUCCUAAGUCACUCUUUGUUGUUUAUCCACCUUUUGAGGAGGUUCCUUUAACCUCCUUUCAUCUACAUUUUAACAGAUGUUUGGAAAAAAAAUUUGCACCCUUUGGACCUUUUGCUCUUUGAUUUAAAAAUGCAGUAGCCAUCUUGUACACACCUUUGAUACUUUUAAGUGUUUAGUCAGAAUUUCAUGCACACUUUCCAAUGAAAUGCCCAUUGAUGUAGUUAUUUUGGGAAACUGUAUAGCUCGGGUCUACAAGAACAGAGGAUGCUGACGUUCUAGGGCGCCCUAUUCGAGGUCGAUCUUGGACUCUAGAUUUGCCCUUAUUAAAUACCCUUUCCUACCUAUAAACAGUGGCUUUGGGUGAUAAUGAAUAACCCUAAACAGUUUUAAAUUCUUGCAAAAUAAGCUUGGCUGGUAACCCAUCCUUUUGAAACAAACAUCUUUUUUUCAUUUGGGUACUAGAUAUACAUAGGAAAAACCCUUCCACUCGGCUACACUAGGCCCUUUUUUCCCCUUUAUUUCUCUUUAAAAAGAAGCAAAGCUAUGAACAGAUUGCUUAUCAAUAUCUGAUAUACGUGUACACAAAAUGAUUAGGUAAUGCUAGAAAUGUGCCCAAUACUAACAAUUUACAAGUCAUCUACACCCACUCAUACAGAGUUUGAGAUGUACUUAGAGACGAUAAUGUCAGUCGGUCUUUUGCACAUCUGUCUACAUAUUCAUAAGCAAGCUAGUGGAAACACCGUAAGCUUUUUGUGUAAGCCUAACAGAGUUCUUCCCCUUGGACCUGUCAACAUAAUGCAUUGGUUGAAUGUACUAUUUUUCUCUUCUGUUUCAGAUAGGAAUAUUAAAGUUGAAACAUAUUUGGGUCUAAAUAUCAAGUGUAGUUGUAUACUUCACAUUUAUAUAUAUCACUCCAAUGUCAUUGGAGUAAUACCAUUUGACCUCAUUAGUUAGACAAACAUUUCUUUUUCAUAUCAGGAAGCAAAACGCAAUACUUUGUGCUGGCUCUAUCAAAUGAUAUAAUCAAAGUGGAUUUAAGAUGUUUUUUUACCUUACUUUGACCCUAGUAUUCUUAAAUCAGUUUACUUAAAACUACUCUGUCUUUUAGAAGGCUACACUUAAGAUGCCGAAAGGGUUCCUCAAUGCUUGCAUCUCUCUUUUAAAUUUGAUAGAGGAAUGCAAAGUAGACUGCGAGGAUAUGCUUCAAUUCUGAAAAGGGGUUAUUUAUGUAUUUAUUCUUUAUUAUUUAGAUAUUGUUUAACAUGACAAAUUAUACCUUUAUAGAUAGUAUUUCACUUGACUACUCUAGAGAUGAAUUAUUGAUGUUACUACAAUCUUCUAACAUGAAAUUUCCAUACAGUAUAAUAAUAAUUGAAUUCGUUUUGUGUAUACCUAUGCCGUUUUAGCAUGAAUCUGUAUAUCAUGCUAUGCCUAUUACAAAUAAAUUAUAAAAAAGCUUG